CCGGGAAGAUUUUCCGUCCGUCCGGCUCUGCGGACUCAAGGAGAGAAAGGACAAACUGUUCCUCAGUGUAAUCACACUUAGGACCUAAAAGGAUUCAUAAAUAUUUGUACACAGGUCCAGAUCCGCCUCCCCAUGCAGAACUCCAUGAAAUGAAUAAAGCACCACAGCCUAUAACAGGACCCCCCUCCACCCCCCACCCUGCCCCCUCCCCUGGCCUUUCACAGCCCUCAUUCCCCCCUGGGCAGCCCCCUUCUGUUGUGUUUGCCACCCCACCGCCUCCACAAAUGAACCCAACACCACAGCCCCGACAGUUUGCCCCAGGGCCCCGGCCUAUACAUCAACAGGGAAGCUUCAGAUCGCUACAGCCCUACUACACCAACAGGGCCAGCCUGCCUCCCAGCAGUGGGCCCCGGGGUGUCCCACCCAGCAGCGCCCCUCGGCCUGUGACGCCAACCCAUGUCUACCAGCCGGGCCCUGGAUCCCAAAUGAUGAUGAUCCCUGGCCAACAGUUGCCCUUCCCCAGCUCACCGCAGGGACCUACCUACUUCAUACCGGGACAGUACCGCUCAACAACCUAUGUGGCCACACCCCAGCAAUACCCCGUACCAGCGGGCACCCCAGGCUUCUACCCAGGCACCAGCCCGGCUGAAUAUGGUACUUAUGCAGGGGCCUACUAUCCUGCCCAGCCUCAGUUCACUCCCUCGGUGCAGGCAGCACCCGUCAUUAUGAAUCCUGCCCCUCAACAGCAGCAACCGCCACCUCAGCCUCCCCAACACAUCCCCACCAAACGGGAACGUAAACAGAUCAGAAUAAGAGACCCAAACCAAGGAGGUCGAGACAUUACAGAGGAGAUUAUGUCAGGGGGCCGUAGUGGCUCUACCCCAACCCCACCACAGACAGCCAUAUCUGGAUCAGAAAGUACAGCAGUGGCUCAGGCCAACGGUGAGAGUGUCACAGCUGCAGCCACACCAGCACUGGUUAGACCAGAUGACAGAGGGAAACCUUCGCCUCCUCCUCUGUCAAAGACCCCUGAACUCACUAAGGGUGACCCCAUCCCCACAGAGGCUUCCUCCUCUGACACGAACACUAAACCCCCUGCACCCCCUCUACUAUCACAAGCAGAAUCAGAGGACACCCCUCCCAACACUAUUUCCACCCUUGCACCCAGCGCUGCUGUUGCAGACGUGAUGGAUUCUCCCUCACCUCCCAGGGAAUCCACUCCACCUCCCCAAUCAGCGCCUGAGGUGCCUGCCUACCCUGCACCCCUCCCCGACCCUGUCCCCACCUCUGCUGCACAGGACAAAACAGACAAGAAAGCCACAGAGGCAAAGGAGGAGGAGGUAAAAGAGGAGGAGAGUAAAGCAGAGGAGGCAGCUGCCUCUUUGGACACACCCCUCGCUCCUUCCUCCACCUCUAACGGUGUGGCGGAGGGGGAGCCAGAAAGGUUGUCGGUCAUGUUGCCACCCGGCCACCUGGAGGCCCCUCUGGAGUCUCCCAUUGCACAGCCCGAGGAGCUCCGCCUCCCCAACGGCCUGCCGCUCCCAGCCCCGCAAGACCCAGAGGCCCCCGCUGUCAGCACGACAGAACGUGAUGAUAGCCCCAUAGCUGAGCCUGAUGUUACACAGACCUCCACAGCCAUCACUCAGGCAGCGCCUACACCGGACAUCCAAGCCACACCUGCACCUGUUGACCAGUCUGCAUCCGCACCUGUUGUCCAGGAGGUUCCCGCAGAACCAGUCGUCCAGGCAGCACCUCCCCAGCCCGAGGUCCAAGAGACAGUUCCUCCAGUCGACCUGGACGUCAAGGAAGAUACCCCAGUGCCCCAAUCCGACGCCAAGGAAGAGACGCCAUCUCCAGCAGAGGCGGUUUCCAUAGCUGAGAGCGCUCCAGAAACAGUGCCCACUCCUCCUGCUCCUGUAGCAGAGGAGAGGGAGGACACCCCUCCUCCCCAGACGGUCGCCCCUGCCCUUGUAGAAACUACUAUGCAAGCUGCUGUGUCAGUGCCAAAGAAAAAGAGGAAGAUGAAGGAACUGAACAAAAAGGAGGCAGUGGGAGACCUUCUGGAUGCCUUUAAAGAGGAGCAGGUAGUGGCUCCACCAGAACCUGAACCGGCCCCAGCACCAGAGACCCAGCCCCCUGCUGCUUCCCCUCCUGCCCCAGAGGAGGCAGACCUGACCUGGGAGGACAAGGAAGACAAGCUGGAUGCCGAGAACAUCCAGCCAGAUCCUCACUCGCCGACAGCCACCGACAAGAAGUACCAAUACAAAGAGGAACAAUGGAAGCCAAUCAACAUGGAGGAGAAGAAGAAAUAUGACAGGGAGUUUCUUCUGGGUUUCCAGUUCAGCUCAGCCAGCAUGAACAAGCCCGAGGGUCUACCAGCCAUCAGUGAUGUUGUCCUGGACAAGGCUAAUAAGACCCCUCUGCGCCAACUUGACCCAAGUCGUCUACCAGGGAUGAACUGUGGCCCUGAUUUCACACCCUCCUUCGCCAACCUUGGCAGGUCUGGCAUGGGAGGAGGAGGCAGAGGACCACCUCCAGGUAUGGGCAUGGGUGUCGGCGGUCCGCGUCGCUCUCAGCAGAUGCAGAGGAAAGAGCCUAGGAAAAUCAUCACCAGCAUGUCACUCAGUGAUGACGUGCAGCUGAACAAGGCAGAGAAAGCAUGGAAGCCUUCAGCGAAGAAAGUCGUCGUUCGCAACCGCGCAGGAGAGGAGUCAGGGGAGGAUUCAGAGCAAAUGAAGACCCAGGAGCUGUUUAAACGGGUUCGCAGCAUCCUCAACAAACUGACCCCCCAAAAGUUUCAACAGCUAAUGAAACAGGUUACGGAACUGACUAUUGACACUGAGGAGAGGUUGAAAGGAGUCAUAGACCUCACCUUUGAAAAGGCCAUCUCCGAGCCAGACUUUUCGGUGGCCUAUGCCAACAUGUGCCGCUGCCUUAUGGGGCUUAAAGUCCAAACCACAGAUAAGCCGGGAGUCACUGUGAAUUUCCGCAAGCUGCUACUAAACCGAUGCCAGAAGGAGUUUGAGAAGGACAAGGACGAUGAUGAGAUCUUCGAGAAGAAGCAGAAAGAGAUGGAGGCUGCUGCAGGGGAGGAGGAGAAGCAGCGGCUCCAUGAGGAGCUAGAAGAGUGCAAAGACAAGGCGAGGAGGCGCUCACUGGGUAAUAUCAAGUUCAUCGGUGAACUGUUCAAGCUCAAGAUGCUCACAGAGGUCAUCAUGCAUGACUGCAUUGUAAAGCUGCUUAAAAACCAUGACGAAGAGUCCCUGGAGUGCCUGUGUAGACUGUUGUCCACCAUCGGCAAGGACCUAGACUUUGAGAAGGCCAAGCCUCGUAUGGACCAGUACUUCAAUCAGAUGGAGAAAAUAAUAAAGGAGAGGAAGACCACCUCCAGGAUCCGCUUCAUGUUGCAGGAUGUGCUGGACCUCCGACGGAAUAACUGGGUGCCCAGGCGAGGCGACCAGGGCCCCAAGACUAUUGACCAGAUCCACAAAGAGGCUGAGCUGGAGGAGCACAGGGAGCACAUGAAGGUGCAGCAAGCCCUCAUCUCCAAGAAGGAGUCAGGUGGCGGUCCAGGAGGCAGGAUGGGUGGUGGAGGAGGUCCUGGGGGUCGUGGGGGGCCUCACACCCCAGGUCGUGGUGCUCCUCCCCAAGAUGAGGGCUGGAAUACAGUGCCCAUCUCCAAGAACCGACCUAUUGACACAUCACGCCUUAGCAAAAUCACAAAGACCCCUGUUCUCGACUUCAACAAUCAGUUGCUCGCUCCAGGAGGUAAAGGCACAUGGGGGAGCUGGGGAAAGGGUAGCAGUGGCGGUACCAGCACCAAACCUGCAGAUUCUGGCUCAGAGUCAGGCGGCCGUCCAGCCACCAGCACUCUGAACAGGUUCUCAGCCUUGCAGCAGCCUUCGAGCUCUUCACUGGACUCAGAUAGAAGAGUUCCUCAGAGAAACAGCUCGAGUCGAGAACGCAGUGACCGCUUCGACCGCUCCGAUCGUGGCUUCGACCGACGGGACGACCGUGAUCGAAACCGGCUGCAGGUCACCAAGCGCAGCUUCAGCCGGGAGAAGGAGGAGAGGAGUCGGGAGAGAGAGCAACGCGGGUCAGCAGAUCCAGUCCGCAGAGUUGCAAGCAUGACGGACGACAGAGACAGAGGCAGCAGAGAGCGAGCCAGGAGCAAAGAGAAUGUGAAGCGGGAGACCGUUGCCACCCCUCCACCUCCACAGACACCCACCAAGCCUGCCUUGACCGAGGAAGAGCUGGACAAGAAGUCCACAGCCAUCAUUGAGGAGUACCUCCAUAUCAACGACAUGAAGGAGGCUCUGCAGUGCGUGCAGGAGGUGAACAGCACUCAGCUGCUGUUUGUGUUUGUACGAAACGGGCUUGAGUCGACGCUGGAGCGCAGCACCAUCGCCAGAGAGCACAUGGGCCUGCUGCUGCACCAGCUCAUUAAGACCGGCAUCCUCCCAACACAGCAGUACUAUAAAGGGCUUCAGGAAAUCCUGGAGGUGGCUGAAGACAUGGCAAUAGACAUCCCCCACAUCUGGCUGUACCUGGCAGAACUGAUCACUCCCAUGCUCCAUGAGGGAGGCAUUCCCAUGGGAGACCUGUUCAGGGAGGUUUCAAAGCCUUUGCUCCCUCUGGGCAAAGCCGGAGUCCUGCUAGUCCACAUCCUCACUUUACUCUGCAAAGGAAUGAGCCAUAAAAAGGCGGGCACAAUGUGGAGGGAGGCGGGGCUCCGGUGGAAGGACUUCCUGCUUGAGGAUGAAGAUGUCAACAAGUUUGUGACAGAAAAGAAUGUGGAGUUCACACUGGGCGAUGAGUCAGAGAAGAGCAAAAAGAAGGAGCUGAGCUCUGCAGAGCUGACCAAACAGCUGGACAAACUGAUCCAGGACAAGGCCGACAACCAGAGGAUCUUUGACUGGAUUGAGGCCAACCUGGAUGAGCAGCAGACCUCCUCCAACAUGUUUGUCAGAGCACUGAUGACCUGCAUCUGUCAGUCAGCAAUCAUCUGUGAGAACCCCUACAAGGUGGACGGUGAGCAGAUCAAACAGAGGGCUAAGCUGCUGCAGAAAUACCUGAAGGAUGAGCAGAAGGAGCUGCAGGCUCUCUAUGCCCUGCAGGCCCUGAUGGUGCAGAUGGAGCAACCAGCCAAUCUGCUGCGGAUGUUCUUUGACACGCUUUACGAUGAGGACGUGAUCAAAGAGGAGGCCUUCUACAAGUGGGAGUCUAGCAAAGACCCCGCCGAGCAGCAGGGCAAGGGCGUGGCCCUCAAGUCCGUCACUGCCUUCUUCACUUGGCUCCGCGAGGCCGAGGACGAGUCCGACAACAGCUAGGGCCUCCGGGGACCGCCGUGGGAACUGGUGGCAUUUCAGAAAGGAUUCUUGGGGAGAGCGAAUGUUCUGUGGAUGAUUCAGACGAGUCUGAAUCAGCAAAAUCCUUCUGCAUAAACAGAAAAAAAAGCAAGAAAAAAAUUCUUCAACUGGGAGAGAUUGUAUUAUGGAUCGAGCGUUCGAUCAUGUUAUUUUUUUGUUUUCUUUUUCGUUUUGGAUUUCUCGUUUUUCCUUGCGCAACCGAAUGUCUUUUUUGAAGUAAAUGAGAAUACAGGAUAAAAUAGAAAGAAUAGAUAUGAGAGAGUAUACUGAGAAGCGUUACAAGCCGUGGGAGAUAAUGCUGUUUCCUUCAGUAUUUUUUUGAGGUUUAUCUCCUGUUUUCAAAUGGCUUUCCCUUGCCACGGCAACACUAUCCAAGACACUUUGCUUAAUGACAGAUUUAAAAAAAAAAAACUUUAAGAGGCUGUUCACAUCUAUAUUUUUGAUGACUUCAUCCUUCAUCAUGUUGACACGACAAGGCAACAUUGUCAUGUCACAUGUACGGUGUUUGAUCUACAUGACACGCUUAUGUAGACGGCUAGCUUUUUUUCCUCUUCUUUCCGGUGUUGGAUGAUUGGAGUGUGUGUUUUAUAAUAAAAUAGAAAACUACAAAGAAAAGUGGCGAGAGUUAUCUAACGGACAUUUCAGACAUGAGUUUAAGUAACGGUUGUGGACUCCCAAGGACUUCAAGCAGACUUUAUGAGGACGGUGUCACUGAGGAGAGGGGCAAUGAACAUUGACCAUUUUUGCUGCUGGGGGGGUGACAAUGCUUCCCUGACGCCCCUCGCCCCACCCCAACACCCCCCUACCUACCCUACAAUGUGUCUGUUUAACUUGUUUCCUGCGCUUCAAAAAAGAAACUGGACUGAGAAAGGGAGAACAUGAGUGAGGGCACAUGGCUGAACCUCCUACAAAACCUGUUGUUGGAUUUUUAAAAAGAUACAUUAUCAUUAUUGAAACUUGAAAAAAAGGUAUACAAACAAAAAUCCACUUUAAUGAAAAAGGACUUUUAAAAAAGUAAAGUUAAAAAAAGUAAAGUUUAACAGUACGAAUCCUAAAGUGUUUUCUGCUUCCAUGAGUGGAAAUGCAUUUCAGGAGAGUUCUGUGCAUAUAUGAUGAAUUGUUUUUUUUUGUUUUGUUUUUUCAAAAAAAAAUGCUAAUGUAAUGCCAUGUAAUUUUCCCCACUUCUGAAGCAAAGUGGCAGUUUUCCCCUGUAUUUAUAUUUUUCUCUCCUCAGCUGGCAGAAGGUGCUUGCAAUUAUCCAACCCAAGUCAUUGAUUACAAUUUAAUUGAAAAUUUGUAAAUACUUUUUUGCUUUACUUUAUUAAAAAGAUAUUUAAUUAAAGAAAUUAAUGCCUCUUUUCACGUCCAAAACUGGAAGAGAUAAUAAAGAUUGUUGCAAAUAAAACUCCCAUACUUGUGCUUUUGUGACGGCAGUUUAGAGGGCAGUUAUCCCGUUCAAUGUGAAACUCACCUCUAUGAUCUCGAAAGCCACUUGCACCCAGCAACACCUCUACUGUACAUGAACUGUCAGCACAGGAUGUAGAUCCUGCUCUUCGUGUUCCUCAAACAUUCAGAGAAUGUACUGUUGUGGUUUUCAUUGUGUUUUGUACAUGCUACUGUUUUUCCAAAGGCAUGGUAGCUUCCAUCGACACAUGAAGCCUUGGUGUAGAACCUAUAGUUCUAUUCCUGGUGUGUGUGUGUUUGUAUUUGGGAUGCCUCUGACCUCUUUCUACACAGUCCUAUUCCAAGGAUGGUCAGAUUUUGCAAAAGCUUCCCCUUGCUGCCAUCUUGGGCCACCAUACUUGUAAUGUCACCAAAUGUUUACUCGCAUUGCAUCAAUGGCUCUUUGAUUUGAUGGGAAGAAACACCAAAAAUAGAACUUUUAGUCCUCUUACUAGCUUUUUAUUGGGCUCUAAGCAGCAGCAGCAGCAGAUUGAGUUUACUCAGC